UUCUGCUAAACUCGCCGAUUUUUACAUAAAAGAGCGAAACUGGAAGCAAAAGAAUGAAGGAAGCGAAGAAAUAGCCAAAUAUGGAAGCUGAGCCAGAGCGAAGAAGACUGAGAGUUCGAAAGCCUCUCUCAGAUUGCACCAACACUAUAGCCAAUACCAAGACCAGCACCAACACCAACGCCACAGCCACCUCUUCUCAAUCGUCGUCAGCCUCCACCGCCACACUCAAACGCCUGAAUCCCAACCUCUCCUCGGCCACCAAGACCCUCGUCGCCGCUUUAAACCCUAAGCCCUCUGCUCCGCCGCCCCCAAUUCCUUCCACGCCUUCUCGCCCUCCUCCCAUUUCGACCUCUUCUUCUGGUACCAGUGACUGUGACGGUUUUGAGGCUUGUUCAGUGUACACUCGGAGACAGACUGCACUGAAAAGGAAGAGUAAAGACAAGGAAAACACUGUACCCUUUAGUUGUCCUCCUGCACCAAAGAUCCGGAAUAUAUUGGGUAAAUUGAAGGAAGACGGACAUAGCAGUCUAUCAAAGGAAUCCACGGCUCCUCGUAAAAAGAAGCAGUGUGCGGUACCAGCUGGGAAAGAUGUUUCCAUGCAUGCCUUGCCACAAGAUUUCAUUGAAAAGCAGAGAGCGUACUUUGCCGAGAUUGAUGCAUUUGAACUGCCAGAAGAGGAGGUCGAUUCAGUUGAUUAGAGUAAAAAUGGAAGACCUGAGCUACGUAGUGCAUCAUAUAGGAUAUAAGCAAGGCAGCCUAAACCAUUUAGUAUUCUCCGUAUAGUCAGAAUAUAGUGUGCAAUUGACUAAUUCUGCUGUCACUAACUACCACCGCUCGCCAAGUACAUCAAUGUAAGUCCAUGUUAGUUGUAAUGCUUUGUCUCUCUAUGUAUAGAGAGAGCUUGAGAAGAAGAAGAAGAAGAAAGGAAGAUUGGGCAAGUGAAUGAAACAAAGUACUGAGAAAGAGUAUAAAGGUAUACAAAGACAACUUAGAGAGACCAGAGAAACCCAGAAGACUGUAUUUUGUCAUAGAUUUUGUAAUACGCGGAAUUAUGAAUCACUCUUUGUUAUGAAA